UACACAACAGAAGGUAGGAUGGAUAAGGAACAUGUUGUUUAUGUGGUAUGACCAGGCAAAGGUGAAAAAAACUAUACUUAGAAACGUCAUGCAAUGAUAUAAGUGAAAGACAGAGUGAAAGUGAAACAGAAGUUAGUUUAAACUGUCUCAGAUUGACCUUGAUUGUAUCACUGAAACCUCCAGCUAACUUAUUUGCUAAUUAUUCAAACUCUACCAUCAUGGUCGACCAAGAUAUUCGUUAUGAAGCACUUUCAGCACUCUUGGGAAAACCUGUUUUUUCACUCCGCAAGUUUCCAGAGAAAUCCAAAGGAACCUCGCUGACUGUGGACGAGUUUCUCACUGGCUCCAUUCUCGGCAGUAAAGUCAUCCUCACACCACAGAGGACAGUCCAGCGCAAAGUCUUAGACCUUUGUUUCUCUGUGCAACAAGAGUUCUUCAUAGAUGAACAGGACUUCUUUGAUCCAGACUACGACUAUGACUUCACCAGGCUGUCUACAUCAUCCAACUGCUUGAGGGGUGAUGAGCCGUACGAGCGUCCUUGUGGAUGGUACCGCAUGGCUCUGAAGGUUCUGGAUAAAUACCCAGAUGGGAACACCUGGCUGGGCCCAGACGGGUGGAGGAGUGAGUCUGCACCAGGAGAGUGGCCAGUCUCCUACCACGGAACCACUAUAGAUGGAGCCAAAAGCAUCAUAAAGUGCCACUUCAAAGCUGGAAGCAGAGAUAAGUUUGGAAGAGGAAUCUAUUCUACUCCACACCUGGAUAUUGCCAGAGACUAUUACACAAAGACUUUCAAGUCAAUGACGAAUGGUAAAACAUACAGAGUGGUGAUGCAGAACAGGAUCAAUCCGUGUGAGAGAGUGAUAUGUCCAGAGGAGGAGAGGUACUGGCUGGUUCAUGUUCCAGAGGGGACAUCAGAGGAAGAAGAGAUGAGAAUAGUGGAGAAUUCCAUUAGACCCUAUGGCAUCCUGAUUCAAGAGGUGAAACACUAAGCUGAUUCAACUCUAACUGUUCAACUUUGAGG